GUUUGCCCAAUGGUUGUUCAGCUAUACCUCCACAAGGGACGGUGUUGAGGUCAAGAUUAAUUUCCAGGCUGACGUCAGUUUCUCGGACAAUAACCAACAUGGUGACGGUGGAGGAGGUGGUGAUAUGAUGUUGCUGCUCAGACAGAGGUCCAAACAGAGACGCAGUAGCAGACAGUGGUGGUCUCUGUGUGGACAUUAAGUACGAAGAGAGUGUGGACGGAUUACUGUACUCUUCUUCUCCGGUCCCACCGUAUCUACUGCGGUUCUGUCAUUGCCUUUAUCGCUGUACUUUUGAUGAGCGCACGCGAGCUAUAACGCGCAACACUGCCCCCACGAUUUCCAGUGGUACUGCUUCGUUUCAUGUCCUACGGUACAGGCGCAAGUGUUCACCAGGAGGACGGCAAGAGGUUCCACGUGUACUGGACAUCGAGCAUAAACCAUCCGUUGUAGUUUUCUUGUAUAAAAAUGUAUCAUAUAUUUCUGUUUUAAAGUCCAGACCGUACAUAGUUAAUGUCGUACACUCUCUGUUUAUGUAAACAAACGCAUCCAUUUACUCCUUUAAAUUACCUCAUUUACAUGUUGGUCUUUCCAACUCCCUGCAGCGCUCUAACGUCACCCGGUACACACAGUUUAAACUCUGGUAUUGUCAAAUCAAAAUGUGGUACUAAUUUGUGACUUAAUAUCUGUCUCCUAUGUUUUUCUCAGAAACAGAAUUACUUUUUUCAAUGUCGGCCACUAGAUGGUAGAAUAUACCAGAAAGUAAAAAGUACGCGCGUACAUGGGCGUAAGCUUGCGGUAUUGCAGGUUUAUGGUCUAGUUACUUAUUUUCUAAAGAUCACUUAACUUAGUGAAGAGUGAACCCUGGACGUAAUGAGGCAGAACUUUACCUCUGAGGCUCUGGUGAAAGUGAGAAUGUUGAUGUGAAAAGCAGAAUGUGGUUAGAGGUGAUCUGAUGACUGAUGAGGAAGUCAAAUAAAAAUAAAAUAAAAUAAAAGUCACUGCCCAAUCACCACACGAUCAGUUGUGUAGGAUUAUUGGUGUCUGGUUGUCUUCAUUAAAUGACACAUCACCAUGAUCAUGAUCUUCAUCAUCAUCAUCUCUCCCUCCCUUCCGUCCUCCCUCUCUCUCUCUUUCUCUCUCUCUGUGGACUGACUUCUUCCUCAGCCGUCAGGAGGAUCACAAACUGAUUUUUUUUUUCCCACAGCCUGUCUUUGUUCAAAUCCUGAAUCUGCAGGGUUUUCCCUUUUCCCAUCUUUUUCUUCAGCAUCUCAGGACACUUAAACUCUUCUUUUUAUUUUUUUGUGAAAAGGAAAUCAAAGGUGCAGAACUGUUGACGAUGGAUCUCUUCAUAUCGCAGUAAGUGAACAGGGGGAUUUUCUGUCUCUGUGUUUGAUUGUAUUGUCUUAAACCAAGUAAUAACCAGAUAGUACAAUGAUUUAAAAUGUGUUUAAAAACUAACAUUACAUAUUAACUCAUCAGAGGACAGUUGGAGUUUAGUAAUUAGUGGUUUAACAAUAUGAUUUUCAGAUUUUUUCCAUUAAAGGUCAUUUGUGACAACUCGAUGAGAUGCGGAAAUUAAUGAAAUAUUUGUUUCCUGUCUUUCUUGUUUGACUCAGCAUCACUAGAUGAAAAUUAAAAAAAUAUAUACUGUAACCUUCUGUAGUUGAAAUUGCAAAUUUAAGAUUCUAACACACUGACGGACUAAUGAAUAUUUGGAUGGAGAUAAACAAGUCCAGUGAGAAACAAUCAAUAUUUAUUUGAGGGAGAAAAAGGACGAUUAGAAAACACAGCAGCAAAAACGAGUAUAAAAAAGUGUUUUGUUUUUUUUUUGUAAUUGUAAAUGUUCCUGAAUCUGUGGUUGAACAUUACUUGACAACACUGUCUUUAAAUGUGUCUCCAUCCUGCAGAUCUCCUUGGUGGUGUGAACGUCACAUUGUCUCACUUUGACCUAACAGCACUAAAGCCUCAUACCAGAGACAAGCAAGACAACAACCCCCCCCCACAAUCUCCUUUCUAGCAUGGCCUCUGCUCCUCCAGAUGUUCUCUCCUCGGCUGAACUGAGUGGACCUCCCAACAGGAGCUCCAGCUUCACCUCCAGCACUAAACCCUACAACUGGAUCUCGCCCUACACCCUUCAGGCCACCGUGGUCUUUGCAGUUGCCAUCACCUUCAUGAUGGUUGUGACCAUUGUUGGCAACAUCCUGGUCAUCAUAGCGGUCCUGACAUCUCGGUCCCUGAAGGGUCCACAGAACCUUUUCCUGGUGUCCCUGGCUGCAGCAGAUAUUUUAGUGGCCACUCUCAUCAUCCCGUUUUCUUUGGCCAAUGAAUUGCAGGGUUACUGGGCUUUCAGCUCCAUUUGGUGUGAAAUCUACCUGGCUCUGGACGUUCUCUUCUGCACCUCCUCCAUUGUCCAUCUUUGUGCAAUAGCUCUGGACCGCUACCUGUCUAUCUCACGGCCUGUGUCCUAUCGCACCAUUCGUACCCCGACACGCAUCAAGACCGGCAUCAUCGUGGUCUGGCUGAUCUCUGCCGUCAUCUCCUUCCCUCCUCUUCUCACCCUGGAUAAGAGUGAAGGAGGGGAAGAGGUUUGUGAACUGAACAACGAACACUGGUACAUCCUCUACUCCACCAUUGGUUCCUUCUUUGUCCCCUGUGUGAUAAUGAUCCUGGUUUACGUGAGGAUUUAUCAGAUCGCUAAGCAGCACACCAGAUGUUCACCUGGACAGAAACCAAAAGCUAUGGCAGCAGGAAACAGCAACCUGGUCAUCAACGUGCCUGUGACAAAGCUGUCUGAGAAGACAACAAACCACCGGGAUAGAGUAGGUGCAAUCUCCAACCAGCAGGAGCAACACACAAGCAAAAUGUCUGGUUCAGAUUCCACCACAUCCUCACUUCACAAACCACUGGAGGGCUUCAUUAGUGAGGACAGAAAGUUCCGCAAUCCUCAGUCCUGUACCACCUCGGCUCUAAAGUCUGAGUCUUCAGUCUCGCAUGAGGACGUACAGAUUUUCACACACGCUCAGAGCAAAGACUCUCAAGCAUGUCCUGAUAAUGUAAAGGACAACACCUCCAGCUCCGGCUCUGAGGUGGACAUUGGUGUCCUCAGAUUAGACCACUCCGAACAGAAGCGCAAAACUGAACAGCAAAAACUACCCCAAGGCAAAGAGUUCAAAGAUCAGGCUUUGAACCUGAGCAGCAGGUACAAAGGCACCAUGAUCACGUCAUCUGGAACCAAACUGGUUGUUGAAGGAACACCGACCAUUCAGGGAGUUGCUGUUUCCCGCCGAAAGGCCUUGGUCAACAGGGAGAAGAGGUUCACCUUUGUCUUGGCGGUGGUGAUGGGAGUCUUUGUGAUCUGCUGGUUUCCCUUCUUCCUCUCUUACUCCCUUAAGGCGGUUUGUCCACAAACAUGUGCUAUUCCCGACCCUCUUUUUAAGUUCUUUUUUUGGAUUGGCUACUGCAACUCCUGCCUCAACCCUGUCAUUUACACCAUCUUCAACAAGGACUUCAGAAAGGCCUUCAAAAGGAUUCUGUGCAGAGACACCAACGGUACUGUCGUCUAGAGCAGCUCGGCUUAUUUUGAUGUGUUGAACUUAUUCUGGACGGUUUUUAAUGACUUCUUCAAAUCGGUUCUAUGUGUAUUUAUAAAGUGUAUAUCUGAGCAGGAACAUCCUCCUGAACCACCUCCAUAAACAUCUGAGCUCCUGCUCUCAGACAGACUGCUGCCUCCUGUUGGUACAUUCAUGACGUGUCAGAGGCCAUCAGUCGAUCGACCACUGAUGGUACUCAGUACCAUGUGUCAUCUGCUGUAGAUCAGUGAGGACCAUCUGGUCAGGGUCAGGGUCAGUGACAGGGUCUACAGGUGCAGGAUCCUGUACAGUAGGAUGAUCUAAAACCACCUUAAAACAUCUAAAACAAUGAAGCAGGAGCGAAUACUGCCCUCUGUUGGACAUCCUGGGAACUUUAGGUCAAGCACAAGCAAACCGACUGGAUAGUGAAGGAUCACAUGAUGAACGAUCGAUUGAUUAACAAGCCUUGAAUUAACCUUCAUGUUUUCCUGUGUGUGUUGUUUUUUAGUCAGAAGAGAAAAUGAUUCAUUGUUUUUAUAUGUGACCCUACAAGGGAAUAGAGAACUGUCCAGUAAUGAAGCUAACAGCCUCCCUACCCUUAACAUGAAGCAGUCUCAUAGUAACUCCAAACCAAUCAGUGUCCUCAUCUUUAUCAUCUAUAUACGCUGAGGCUUUUUUUUUUCUGUUUGUAUUUUCUGUUGCAAGCUAACUUACUAACAGCUAACAGGUCCAUGUAUAGCUUCCUCUCCCCAUUUGAAUUCUAACAGUAUAUCAUGUACCACCUCAUCAUAUACUUUUCUUGUGUUGAAUCAGCAUAGUCAACAAGUGUUCAGUGCUCCUGCCUCACAGCAAGGACACAGGUUUAAGAACUGCUGGAGUUCUCCUGUUCUCCCUGUGUGUCUUAUCCUUCCACUGACCAAAACAUGCAGAUUGGAAGGAUUUAACCCCUGCCCCUGGCACCCUGGAAAGGAUUGAAUGAAUGAAUGAAUUCUGUUCAGUGUUUUUAGAACUGAGCCAGACUCCUGGGACAAACCAAAAUCCAACCGUUGAUGGUGUGGUAUUAAUAUUCACGGAGUUUCCUGUGCUAGAGGUCGUCAUGGAGGAGAGGAGAAAAUAUUGUUUUAGGCAAAGACUACGUUGAGCCUGGAUAAAUAUGUUUCCAGGGCAUUUCCUGAACCAUUUUGUUGUAAUUGUUAUCACUUCCUGUUCCUCCGUAUUGAUCUAUUAUCUCCAUCUGAUCUGAUCUCUGACUCCAUGGACACCUGCACCUAUUUUUGAGGAUACCUUCUCACCUCACAGAUCAAAUAUUCAAAAGACUGCGUGGACAGUGGGACGUGGGCUUCAGGACGGAGGAGACUGACCUUUUUAUUUGUGCAUCUGUGUGUUUGUAGGGUCGCAGCUGCACAGACAACAAAACCGAGGAAGUCCCGACAAAGUGGCUGAAUCAAUUAUCUCUAAUGUUAUUGAAGAAAAGAGUGUAAUUGUACAUGAUUUCAUUACAUUUCCAAACCGAGGAUACAGACUCUGUGUUCAGUAAUCUGUGUGUGCGUGUGUGCGUGUGUGUGUGGCCUGAGGGUUUUACUGGAAGAGAACAAAUCUCUGUCAUUUAUCAGCGCUAGGGACACACGAUCAAACAUCAAUAAACAAAUAGAUAAAACCAUGUUCCUCUGCUGCUCCUUCUCUAAUUCUCACGCCUCCUCUCACUUAUUCCUCCAUUUAAAUGUUCGUUCUGGGUGGUGAACGUUAGAAUGGGUCAGGUUCUCACUCUGUGGUCUGUGGUUCCUCCUCCUGGAUUUCUCUCCUCACUCUCUCUGGGAAAGUCUCUGCGAGGUGAAACAGCUUCAGGCGUUGCUAAGAAAAAGAAAAAAGAGCAGUAGAAGCUGACGUUCAGCAGAAAAGAUCAAACAUGAAGGAAGAAAAUAGAACGGAGAGGAGUUAGAUUCUCUGAGGCAGUGCAGGAUCAGCAGACCUGCCAAGUGUUGUUCCUACUGAAGAGUACCAGGAACUUCAGCAACAAGAAAAAGACCUUUUUAAAAAAGGUCAAUGUGAAAAAAGUCUGUGUUUACUGUUGACUUCUUUGGUGUUGUGUUCCCGUUUGACAGCAGAUUUCUAAAUAAAUAUUGUUUUUUAUUAUUAUUGCAUCAUUAAAGGUUGAGAGAGAGAGAGAGAGAGCAGACAGAGAACGUUCUGUUGUUGUUCUAACAGAAGAGUGGGCGAGAGCUUUUAGGGUCGACAAAUGGAAUAAUGAAAUCAGAUCAUUUACCGUUUUACCUUCGUGGCUUUGUGUGACUGUUCCCUCCACUCCUCUGUCGUUUGACUCCAGUCUCAGGGGGAUUCAAAAAUACUUUUUUCUGGCAGGAUGUUUAAGGCUGCGUUCAUCACAAUAAAAUGAGCAGGCAGUUAAUCAAGUGAGGAGUGGGAUGUGUUAUUCACCAGCUGAAGACACAUUUACUGUAAAAUGUACAUUAAUGUGGCCCUUUGGCCCAGAGCCAGUGUCUCUGUCAUUGGUGUGGAACCCCAGGGUUCACCUCCUGGGUUAGAGUGAAUCCAGGUUAGGGCGGUUGGUACCUUCCAGUGGACUCACCACCCACAGGAAGGUUCAGGGGGGGCUGGUACGGUGCAGUGUGAUUUGGGUGGCGGUCGUGGAGACUGUACCACAUAUUUGAAGCUCAGACUUACAGCUGAACUCACUGGUCCAGUGUGGAGACGUUUCUGACCUAUGAAUGUCCAGACUGGGCGCAGACACAGUUGAGUGGAGCAGAAUUACGUUUGUUCAGAGUGAAACUCCUGCCUUCGCUCCCCCCGUUCUCUGUGAUGGAUGGUCUCCCAGCGUCAGGACAUUAGGCCGUCGCUUCUUUAAUGUCUUUCUUAUGAAGCCACAUUAAGGCUGGACCAUGUGACAUGAUGUUCAGCUUCAUUUACCAGUGACAUCAGCCACGUCGGCUGCUGACAGAUUGAGAUCAAGAUGUAGAAAAAUGUGUGGACAGUGAAAAAACAACUUCACCGAUUUUAUCUUACUACACUUGGUUUUCAGUAGAAACUGCUUUGGUUAUAGCCUUUCCAAUUUGUGACUAACUAAUGUUUUUUUUCUAACAAACUUUUCUUACUUGAGUUUUUGCUAAAUUGUACUUUUACUUUUGAAUUUUUACCAAAUUUGAUAUUUUUUUAAUCACAAUUGUUUUUUGCUAAAAUGCUUGCUAA